AUGUCUUCAGAAAAGAAAUCUUCACUUUCAGAAAGUAAUAAUAUUAAUGAAAUUAAUGAAAUUAGCGAAAUUAAUAGUAGUGGGGGAAUUAAAACUUCUUUAGAUAUACAACAAAUGCAAUCCAGUUAUGCCAAGACAUAUCCUCUCGGAGAUAAUCCUCAUGGAUAUUACGGUAGUAUGAUGAACUUUCUUGGAGAAUUGUGCGGAACGUUGGGAUCGAUUCCAUUAUGUUGUUGUUUCCCUAAUCCUUACAAAAGUGUUGAUCAAGGUUAUGUAGGAUUGGUUUCACGAUUUGGACAAUUUUACAAAUCUGUUGAUCCGGGGUUGGUCAAAGUAAAUGUCUUCACAGAAAAACUCGAGAAAGUUGGUGUCAUGAUACAAGUCACGAAUAUUCCAAGACAAACAAUUAUGACAAAGCCCUUGUUGAUCGAUUGUAUUGAGAAUCGUGAAGCAAUUGCUUUUGAAAUUAAAGAAAUCAUUGAUGAGCCUGCUCACUCUUGGGGUGUUAAAGAUAUUCAAUUCACACAAGACUUACAAUCUCACAUUUCUGCGGCAGCUAAACAAAAGAGAAUUGGUGAGAGUAAAGUUAUUGCUGCUAAGGCUGAAGUUGAUUCUGCAAAAUUCAUGAGAGAAGCUGCCGAACUUCUUGAUUCACCGACUGCGAUGCAAAUGCGAUAUCUUGAAACAAUGGAUGCAAUGUCAAAAUCUUCUGGCGCCAAAGUCAUCUUUAUGCCUUUCAAUGCAUCAAACGAUGGUGGUUCCGUACCAUCUACUGGUAGCGCUAUUGUUGGUAGUGCUGCCGAUUAA